AUUUUAUCAGAUUUGUUAUUAUGUUUCAGAAUCAAUUUAAUUAAAUAAUUACUUGCUAGUUGGAAAUUUAGAUUAAAAGAAUAAUAAUGGUUUGAUCUAGAUUAAUACCAUGAUUUAAUUUUUAUUAUAUGGAAAAUAUUAGUAAGUCAUCGGUUUAGUGGACGGCUAGACACCGCCAAAAAUAAAAGCGUUGACAGCUGGCAGGGACGUGAUUUGUUAUUAAAAUUUUCAAAGAUAAAAAAUCUAAUUUAAUUUUAAAUUAUUCCGAUAUAAACGAAAUGGGUUUGCACGAUUAUGUGAAUUUUAUCGUUUUCGAUAAUCCAAUCUCCAAGUCCGUCACGUCAAUUCUCAUGAGCAACAAAAAGAGUAUUACCGCCCCGCCGAACGUUACAGUGAUCACAGAGAAGACCCCUUUAUGGAAAAUGGCCAGCGAAACGGGACCCUUCGUUAAAAUAGGCGCUCUUAUGGGAGCCGCAGCGGUUAUCAUAGGCGCUUACGGGGCGCAUCGUGCAUAUCCCAAAGAUUCGGCCGAGGAACAUAAACUUAUGUUCGAAACGGCCAACAGAUACCAUUUUUUUCAUUCCCUCGCUUUACUAGCAGUCCCCUUAUGUAGAAAUCCAAAAAUUGCUGGUUCACUGUUUAUAUCUGGUACAGUGUUGUUUUCUGGUACAUUAUACUAUCGAGCUUUUACUGGUGACGAUACAGUGGCUAAAUUGACACCGUUUGGAGGAACAAUACUGAUCUUUGCCUGGCUAUCCAUGGUGUUAAUGGGGUCAAAUGUUUACUUGAGUUGCAUGCCCAUAAAUUGAAUUGGUUAAUUAUGGUUAUUUAGGUCAUAUAUUCAAUGUACAAAUAGUAAAUUAUUUUGUGAUUUUAUUCGUUUAAUAUAUUAUUUAGUAAGACAUGAAUUAUAAUAAAUAAAUGUACUCCAAACGAUAG